AUGUCAGCGCGCACGGGCACAGCUUCAGUUUGCCCUGCUAGUUCCUCCUUUUUGGCUCGUCCGCUCGCGAAAAACAGACCCGAGGAAGACUUGCUGUUGCAGAUCCGGCUCAGCGAAGUCAGAGGGACAGGAGAGAGCGGUAAGCGAAGGAAAAUAUUCAAGGAGCUCUCCCCAGAGGAGGGCUUCCCCCUUUCCUUCUGGCCAUUCUCCGUCGCUGUGCUCCUUCUUGCGGCUCCUGCCUACGCGUCGUCGCGUUCGCCCCCAUCCCGUUCUCUCUCCCCACAUCGCGCGUCCUUUCGAGAUCAUCACGCCGCAAAGAACGGCUCUUACCUGCCUUGGCUGUGGCGGUUUCGUCGGCUAGCCGUCUCCCGUUGCAAGAGCCUUGACCUGGAUUCGGUCACUCCACCUCGCGUCGCUGUGCCGUCUCCUUCUUCCGCCCCUUCUCUUUUCUCCUCGUCAUCAGCUCUCUCCUCCCCCCUUUCUGCCGCUUCUGCUUUGUCGCCUUCUGAUUCCCCUACCACGGGAUCAUCUGAUGCGUCUGCAGCGCCUUCGUCCUCAUCUCUUCCUGCAUCACCUUCGUCAGCGCCGUCGUCUGUUUCGUCGUCUUCUUCCUCUGCUUCGCCUUCUGUCUCCUCUGUGCCUCCACUGCCAGCUUCCGCUCCGCCUCCGUCCUCGCCUGCCUUUCCGCAAGCGGGGAGCGUGCGCGAGGGCCUGCCGUUUUACAAAACCUCAGAUUUGCGGCAACACGGGACGGAGGGCGCGGGGCAUCGCCUCUGGGUUGCUUAUCGCCAUGGCGUCUACGACGUCACUGAUUUCAUUGAGAAACAUCCCGGAGGGCGAGAACGUCUGCUGCUCGCUGUGGGCAGAGAGCUGGAUCCAUUUUGGCUGGUGUAUGGACAGCACAACUUGGCUGCGGUUCACGAGCUCCUCGAGUCGAUGCGCAUCGGCAACUACGAAAAGGAAGGAAUUGAGUUGGACCGAGAUUCGCCCAUAGGCGACGCCUACGCCAACGAACCGUCGCGCCAUCCUGCGCUAACUGUACGAAGCGAAAGACCUUUUAACGCAGAGACGCCUCUUCCCCUGUUGACGGACGAUUUCUACACACCAAACGACUUGUUCUUCGUUAGAAACCACUUGCCUGUACCCAAGGUUGAACCGGAAUCCUACGAGGUCGAGAUCGAGAUUGAAUUCCCCAAUGGAGAGAGGAAGCACCUGGCGUCGCUCACACUCCCCGAGCUGAAGACCAACUUCUAUCCGCACUACGUACCCUGUGCCAUUCAGUGUGCAGGAAAUCGUAGAGAUGAUUUUAACCUGAAAACUCCCAAGCAAGUCAAAGGGCUGGAGUGGCAAGGAGGCGCAAUUGGAAAUGCUCUAUGGACAGGCUGUCUGCUCGCAGACGUUUUACGGCACUGCGGCAUCGACGAAAAGAAGGCCAGAAAACUGGGGAUUCGUCACGUCCAUUUUGAAGGCCACGACUGCGACCCUCUAACGGGGACGCGCUACGCAGCUUCCAUUCCCGUCCAUCGCGCAAUCUUAGGCCGGACGCUGGAGGGGCUAAGCGCGCGAGACGCAACCGCGAAGGAGCCCUUCUCGUCGGCGACAAGCUUCGGCAGUCGCGACGUGCUUCUCGCCUACGAAAUGAAUGGCAAGGACCUCCCGGUGGACCACGGCGCCCCGGUCCGCGUGAUCGUGCCAGGCGCUGUCGGCGCGAGGUCUGUAAAGUGGCUGAAGAAAAUUACCCUCAGCCCCCGUGAGAGCGAUUCGCAUUGGCAGCAACAAGACUACAAGAUCAUGUCUCCGAACGAUACCCCUUCGAGCACUGAAGAGUGGCGAUCUAAACCUUCGAUUCUAGAUCUUCCAAUUCAGUCGGCAAUCUGCCUUCCAACGCCACACUCGAUCCUUCCCCCGGGUGCUGACGAGGUCGACCUCAAGGGCUACGCUUGGUGCGGCGGCGGAACGCGCGUCGUCCGCGUGGACGUUUCACUUGACGGCGGCAAGACGUGGGUGACGGCAGAUCUCCAGCUCCGCCCGGAUGAAGAGGAAGAAGAAGAUAGCGACGACGCGCGCAAAACGGAGACGCCAGCGCGAGACGAACCAGAGCCUGACAAAGCUUGGUCCUGGGUUCUUUGGACAGCCACGCUUCCACUUCCCUCCUCCAGUGUUCUGGCCGCCUUAGCAGGCUCUUCCUCCUCUGCCUGCUCGCAGCCGAAUUCAAGGAGCACUGAAGAACGCCGAGAGAAGCUGAAAAACGGCUUGAUCCCUCUGCAGCUGCUGUGUCGCGCUGUGGACGCUAAGAGCAACUCGCAGCCCGAAACGUGUGGGCCGCUGUGGAACUCUCGAGGGUGUCUCAACAACUCUUGGCACGCGGUGACUGUCUAUGUGUCGCCCCCGGGGGGGAUCCCGGCGGCGAAAGAGGAACAGAAAAUGUGA